UGAUGAUUCAAAUUAUAUAGGAAUCAUAUACGAAGAAUGUGUCAUACAUUCUUAUAGCGAGGCACAUACAGCGAGGCAGAUAAGCCAUCGGUUCUGUGUUAUCUGCUUAUCACGUAGGCGUGAUUCAGUGCAAGUUUCAUAGACGCCAUUUAGUUAAGUACAGAAUAAGAGCAGCCUGUUUUCGUAUUUCCCUUGACGGUGAUCGCGAGAAUUUUUCAAAAUGUGCUCCAAAAGAAUUAUGUGUUAUUUGGCUAUCGGUUUACUUGUGAUGGGAAUAUUCUUGGAAGAAGUCGAAGCGAGGCGCAAAAUUCUUAGAGGCCGGAAAACGAUAACGAGACAUUAUUACAAAGGCACAGCCAUACCAGCCUGGGCAAUAGUGGUUUUGUCGGGUGUGGGUAUGCUAUUGAUCGGCGCUGGGCUUUUCGUGUUGCUGCAGAAAUUCGUGAUCGACGCUGCUGACACCGGCGAGAGUCACUCCUAUCAGCCUGCGUUGCAGAUCGAAAACUGAAUCUAUUAUUAUCUAUCCAAGAUGGCCGUAUCUAUUAUGAUACUGAAUGCUCACUAUAUAAAUUAUACAACGCAGAAUUUCGGGGGAAAAAUGUACUUUUCUAAAAACACACAAUAGUGUGUUCUCGCUUUAUUUGCGCAUAAUCAUUCAGGACCUUCGCACAAUUGCAUUUAUCUAAUUAAUCUCCUUUUUCUUAGGAUAAGUAAUAUCAAAUUGUACGACACCGUUGUCUGCAAUAUAUUAACAUCGAAGUGUGUUUACAACUGAAUUAUUUGUGGUCUUCAAAGCGGGAGAAAAGGAACGCGACUCGUCCGUAGAUUUAAUGCAUCGUUUGGAUACGUUAAAAUUUGUUGCAAUGGACAACAUACAAACACACACACACAUAAAGCAUUUCUAGCCUGCAAAAUACGUAUAGAUAUUAGCAAUUUCCCCGCUUCGAAGCACGCUAUAUAACAAUAAUUAUGCACUGUCCUAAAAAAAGAAAUUACCAAAAAUCGAAAAGUGAAGUUCCCUGAAUAAUCCCAGAAUCCGAUACGAUCUUCGAAAA